AUGGCUCCUCACGCCAUGUUGUCCGGGGAUACGCCUGUCUCUCCACAAUAUGGCCCUCUGCCCUUCACGCCGCAGUAUUCGAACACGAUGGUCAUAGGUUAUGGCGAAGCGGGACUCAUCACUGAACACGAUGUUUCACCAUUCGGCCUCUGCCCAUGCCUCCCGGGCGCGGCACCCAAUCCAAAUGCAGAAAUCGCUCGUGUUACCAACAUUAUUUCUGUUGCAAGCAAUCUCACCAGCAAUGUGCCCUUGCAGACCGACUUUCCUGGCGCGCUAUGCAAGUCCGUGUGGAAGGUGCUGUGCGCCUUGAAAACACGAAGCUUCAAAGAUUCAAGUGUUACGGCCAGCUUCCUGUGGCAUGGGGUGGAGGAGGGUGCCCGUGGGGACUCUGUCCCGCGCUAUGUGAAGAUCUAUAAAAGUGUCAUCGAUGAUGUACUUGCUGGGGUGAGAGAUGCCUUUUUAGAUGAAGGUGUUGAUGAACAAGUUUUGCAAGAAUUAAGACAAAUAUGGGAGCAAAAACUUGAGUCAAGCAAAGCAAUUGAAGCAAAUCCAGAACCUGAAGCUCCACAGCCACAGUACCUUCAGAAAGAAAUUGCACGCAAUAGCUUGCCUUCAAAACCAGGCAAUGUUUAUUCUUAUCAGUCUGCUCACAAUGCUGUACAUAAUUCAAGUCAACAGUCGCAUAUGGUUUCUCAGCAUACGAAUCAAAUGCAGGUUCAAGGAAAUCAAUCACAAGCUGUAUCCCAAUCACAGCAACAGCAGCAGCAGCACCAUCAACAUCAUCAACAACACCAACAACAACACCAACCACCACUCCAACAACAACCUCAACAUCAUCACCAGCACCUUCGUCAAGAGCAGUCGCAACAUCAGCAACACCAGCAACCACAGCAACAACAACAGACUCAACAGUCACAAGCACAGCAGCAACAGUCCCAGUCUCAUCAACAAUCUACCAACACUCAUUCAACAACUCCCCAGACCGUCAUUGUGGCCGACCCCAGCAAACAAGUUCCUAUUCAAAUAACCCUCCCUGCACAAGCUGGUGGAGAGUCACGUGUACUGACAAUUCAAGUGCCUGCUUCUGCUUUGCAAGGUAAUCAGUUGCAACAGGUUCUCACUGGACCUGUGAUAACAGCUACAAUGGCACUUCCUGUGCAUCUGGCUUCAUCACUUUUGCAACAGCAUGUGAAUGCUGCAUUGCAAGGGCAGGUAACUACAGCUGUCCAACUACAGUCUUCAUCUCUGCAACAAAACAAUGCUGGACAUUUGCAAAACCAGUCCAACUCGAUUCGCCAGCUGGAUGGGAUGGAUGGAACGUGUGAUACAUCAGAUGAGGAGGAAGAUGAUGAUGAUGAAGAGGAAGAUGUUGACGAUGAAGAAGAAAAUGAUGAAAAAGAGGAGGAUGAAAAUGAGGAAGAGAAUACAGAGGGCCAGGAAGAGGAGCCUUUAAAUUCUGGAGAUGAUGUUAGUGAUGAAGAUCCUAGUGACUUAUUUGACACUGACAAUGUUGUCAUUACUAGAACCAGAAACAAAUGGAAAUUCCACCUUAAGGAUGGCAUUAUGAACUUAAAUGGGAAAGAUUUUGUUUUCCAAAGAGCUGGUGGAGAUGCAGAAUGGUGAAUCCAAAAUUGAAUUUCUAUAACUUCCUAGUGAGACUUUUUAUUAGUUGUUUAUCAGAGCUAAUUGCUGCAGCAGUGACUUGAAUGAGUGAAGUAAAUGAUGGAGUGAAAGUUACCUUGGGGUGCUGUUUAGUAUAGUGAAAGAAGUUAAUAAACAGAAAAAUUGAAUUUGCUUGCAACAAAAGUCAAGUGAAAUAUUUUCACAAGUUCUUACUGUGCAGUGUCUGUUAGCCAGCCUCUGAUAUGUUUGUUAGCCCUUAAUGAAUUAACAGCUCAGGAAAAUACAGGUGGUAAGUACCAAAUUAAAUAUGUGAGAGGAAAUCUGUCGUUUGUGGUGUUCUUGCCUCAAGAAGCGGAGGGCAUUGACAGCACUUUCCCUGAUCAACUGUGGGAACUUUAGAUGAGGGCUGGGAGGUUGUGAUUUAAUGUUUUUGUUUCCCUGAGGAGCUCAGUUAUGGAUGAGCUCAAUUAAAGGGUAGGCAGUUUUAUGCCAAAUCAUACAUCUAGUGAUCAGAGGUUACUCUGAGAAGCCAAGGCCACAAGUAAAGUACGAUAAUGAAAUUCUAAAGAGCAGUUUUCAUACAUAUAUUGUACAGUUGGAUAAAAGAGUUGUAUUUCUUUCUUGGUAAUUUAGAAAACCUUCCUUUGUUUCCUGAAUGUUCUGCAUUUUAAAAUUUCUUGAAAUAUUUAAUAUGUAUUCAUUUUCUUCUUUUGGGAGUACUUGUGUUGAUCAUUUUUGUGGAAAGAGUUUUUGACAAAGGGUGAUUUUGAACCUGCAAAUAAAAAAAAUAAUUAAAAAAUACUGCAAGAAAAAUGUUUAUGUUGGUGAAUAUUAUUAUUUACUUAAGUGAAUGCUAGAAGAGCUGGGUGCUCAAUUAGAUCACACAUCAUGCUGAAUUUGUCAGGUUCACAUUUUACGUCCUUGUUGAAGAGUGUUGAGUGUUUGAUUACAUUUUUUGCUGUAUUUGUUUUGAUUUUAAAUCUUAUACCUGUAUGGCUCAAGCUUACAGCACAGACUUAUUGUUCUCAGGAAUUUGCCAAUGAGAAUGGAGUAAAUUUUUCAUGUUACUUAAGUGUGAUUAAGUGCUGUAGGAUUACAUUAAUUCCUUUCAAAAUUUUCAUAUAAAGUGAAGAUUGGCAAAAGUAUUCUGUUUCCUAUAUGUCUUUCUGCUUAAGAGUUCAGUAAUAAGUGACUGAAUCCUUUAUAUUUGGUGUACAAUUUGUUUUGUUGUCCGUUAUGUAUAAAGUCAAUUAUAUCUUAUUAUGAUUGUCAUUUAUUAAAUAAUUGACCAUGAUCUUAUCUUUUUAUUAAUAAUUUUUUUCCAGUAAUCCUUUGACCAAAUAAUUUGCAGAAUCUUAAAAAGUUCUGUUCAUGCAGCACACAAAGAUGCUCAGUGUUGGCUCGAGUGUUGUCUUUAUUACAAAACUGAGCUGUUAUUCUAUUGUAAUUAAGUGUCUCGUCAUAUCUCUAGGUAAUGUUAUCUCAAUAUAAGUCUUUGAAAUAACAUGAUUGUCUUUUAGUGGCUUUCAACACAAUUAUCAUAAAUAAAUUGCUUUAAUUUCAUUGCCAUUAAUUUGUGAACAUUUUUAUUUCCUG